AUCUCUUUCCUCUCUCUCCUUCAAUCACUUGUUUUCCCUGUUUCUUAUACCCACCAAAUCCACCAAACGCAGCAUCCAGCGACGACAAUCGACUCGACGGCUGGCCCCUUGCCCCUUAGCCCUUCUACCCGUUCGACGUACCUUAUCGACGACGUACUCUCAUGAUACCACCGUGAAACGAUCGCGCCGCUUUCUCUCGAAGGAAUCGACCAUCCUUCCCUGUUCCUUUCCUUCUCCGCAUCUCUCUCCACCAGUCACUCGCUUCAGCAAUACAUCGUCACUCGACUACCUCUACAACCAUGAAACGCUCCUUUAUCGCUCGCGCUGCGGCGGCCCUUCUCCUCUCCAGCGGCUUCGCCAACGCCGUAUACUCGAUCGCCUCAGACGAUGAAAUCAAGUCGUCGGCCAAGACCCUUGCUUACGAUCUCAUGAGCUUCUACGACGGCAACCUGACUGGCCACACGCCCGGUAUCUUGCCCGGCCCUCCGCCGAAUGGCGAUUACUACUGGUGGGAGGCCGGUGCCAUGUGGGGUACCAUGAUUGAUUACUGGCACUUGACCGGCGAUGCCACCUACAACGACGUCGUCAUGCAAGCCAUGCUGCACCAAGUCGGCCCCGACCGCGACUACAUGCCCCCCAACUACACGGCCUCGCUGGGCAACGACGAUCAAGGAUUCUGGGGCAUGUCCGCCAUGACCGCCGCCGAGAACGGCUUCCCGAACCCGCCUGAGGAUGAGGCUCAAUGGCUUGCCCUAGCCCAGGCCGUCUUCAACACUAUGGCGAGCCCGGAAAGGCACGACACCACGUGUGGAGGCGGUCUCCGCUGGCAGAUUCCCUUCUCUAACAACGGGUACAACUACAAGAACAGCAUUGCAAACGGUUGCUUCUUCAACAUUGGCGCUAGACUGGCGCGGUAUACCAAGAACCAGACGUAUGCCGACUGGGCCGAGAAGACUUGGGACUGGAUGACGAACGUCGGCUUCAUCGACGCCGACUACAACAUCUACGACGGUGGUCAUGUCGAGCAGAACUGCACCGACAUCAACAAGGCCCAGUUUUCUUACAACAACGGCGUUUUCCUCCUCGGCGCCGCCAUGAUGUACAACUACACGGACGGAGACACCAAGUGGAAAUCGCGCCUCGACGGUCUCAUCAACGGCACCUUCAACUUGUUCUUCCCCAACAACAUCGCUUUUGAGAUUGCUUGCGAGGAACACAACACUUGCACGACUGACAUGUUGAGUUUCAAGGGCUACGUCGCUCGAUGGAUGUCGGUCGUGACCCAGGUCGCACCCUAUACCGCCGGAACAAUUCUGCCGGUGCUCAAGACAUCGGCCGAAGCCGCGAUCAAGCAGUGCACAGGACAGGACAACCAGCGGACGUGUGGCUUCAAAUGGAGCACAGGCACCUACGACGGGACCAAGGGAGCCGGUCAGCAGAUGAACGUGCUGGCCGCCGUGUCGUCUCUCCUCAUCAACUCAAUCAAGCCGCCGGUGACAAAUACCACAGGCGGUAUCUCCAAGGGAGACCCAAACGCCGGCAGUCAUUCAGACAACCUGCUCGGAGAACUCAGCCCGGUAACAACAGCGGACAAGGCGGGCGCCGGCAUCCUGACGUUUUUGAUGCUGGCGUCCGCCGCCGGCACCUUUGGCUGGAUGAGUUUCGGAGCGUGAAAAGUUGGACGAGCGGCCUAUAUAACGACUUGAUUUUCUUACCAUUUAUUCACAUAGCAGCACUAUGGUUUCUGCUGGCGAGUCGUACUCGCAAUAGGGAUGCACGGGCGUUAGGGGCCAAGGAAGGCCCAGGCUUUAUUGGAUGUAUUCUUUUGGCGUUGGCUUUCCCUUCUUAUUCAUCCACAGCGAUGUUGGGUCCUGCAGUGUCCUCGGGUUCUGACAACUACCUGUCUCUACCCCAUGUGAUCGUGGGUGUCGGAUACACAAGCCACGAUUGUGCAAAGUCACUACCUAUAGUCUAUAAUGUAGCUAGCUGUGCUGCUUCACACACAGCAUCUUGGAAUAGACAACUCGUCACGACGACGAAGAUGUACUGCAUCUUAUCUCACCUGAACCU